AUGACAGCGGAGUUUAAUAACUUGACGUCGCUCUUGAACAACGUCACCGAGUUUACAAACCAGACGGCAAGAUGCCCGCUAACCAAGACUGGGUUUCAGUUCUACUAUCUUCCCACCGUCUACAUCCUGGUGUUCCUCACGGGGUUCGUCGGGAACAGCGUGGCCAUCUGGAUGUUCGUGUGUCACAUGAGGCCGUGGAGCAGCAUCUCCGUCUACAUGUUCAAUCUGGCACUGGCGGAUUUCUGUUACGUGCUCUCGCUCCCGUUCCUCAUCUUCUACUACUUUAACAAAACCGACUGGAUAUUCGGAGACGUGUUGUGCAGACUGCAGAGGUUCAUAUUCCACGUGAAUCUCUACGGGAGCAUCUUGUUCCUCACGUGCAUCAGCGUUCACAGAUACUCCGGCGUCGUCCAUCCUCUGAAAUCUCUCGGCCGGCUGAAGAAGAAGAACGCCGUUCGCACCGUGGCGCUCGUGUGGGUCGUGGUCGUGGUGGGAAUCGCUCCUAUUCUCUAUUACUCGCGCACCGGGCCGAAGAAGGGGCUCACGACGUGCUACGACACCACGACCGAAGACGAGCUGCCCGGCUACUUCGUCUAUAGCAUGUGCUUGACGGUGUUCGGCUUCUGCAUCCCUUUCAUCAUUAUCUUCAGCUGUUAUGGAGGAAUCGUCAAAGCCCUGAUUUGCAACGACAUGGACAACGCACCGCUAAGGAAGAAGUCCAUUUACCUAGUCAUCAUCGUCCUGACGGUCUUCGCCGUGUCCUAUCUGCCCUUCCACGUCAUGAAGAACCUGAACAUGCGAGCGAGACUGUACUUCCAGAGCCCGGACAUGUGUGGCUUCAACGACCGAGUGUACGCCACCUACCAGGUGACCCGCGGCCUGGCCAGUCUCAACAGUUGCGUGGACCCGGUCCUGUACUUCCUAGCCGGAGACUCCUUCAGACGCCGGCUCUCCAGAGCCACCAAAAAAUCCUCCAAGAAAGGAGAUCUCCAGUCCAAGAGCGAGGAGACGGCGCUCAACAGCCUGUCGGAGAAACGGGAGUCGUGAUCCGCAACUCCUUCCCUCGGACUCAAGGGAAUUAGACUAUUGGAAAUCAUCGUAUACUGUGGUCAGUGUUACUCAUGUAUUGCUUUUAACAUGUCUAAUGUGAUUUUCCAUGGAACUGAAACUGAAUGAGCAAAUCACUAACAAUGUUUUAACAGUAACGACUAAUGUGGGAAAUAUAACAAGCACUGGCGUUUUAGUUGAGGAUGCUUGAACACUCUUAAAAAUAAAGGUUCUCAAUGGGCAUCAAAAGGUUCUUUAUGAUGGGAAAAUGUUUAAAGAAAAAAUGGUUCCUCCAUCGCUGUGUAAAACCUAUAGGGCUCUAUCACACACCCGGUGCAAUGCAGCGCCAGGCGCGACGCUAGUGUGUUCUGUUAGUCUCAGCCCGACGCAGUUUUCAUUUUCUCGUCCUGCGUCACGUUGUUUAAAUAGCAAAUGCAUUUGCACCCAUUUGUGCGGCGGGUCUGAGAACCAGGUGUGUGUUCGGGCGCAUUGUUGGACCGUUGCUAUU